GUGCAUUCAGCGUGUGAGCGUUUCUCCAUCUCCACGAAACGAGCUUUUCCAGAGUCGGAAAACACUAUAAACCCCGUCCUUCUGCCGCCAUGUCGGUAUUGUGUUAUAACAAAGGCUGCGGGCAGCGGUUUGACCCGGAAAACAACCCAGAAGACGGCUGCACGCAUCACCCCGGGGUCCCGGUGUUCCACGACGCCCUGAAGGGCUGGUCCUGCUGCAAGAGGAGAACCACGGACUUCUCCGACUUCCUCAGCAUCGCUGGAUGCACGACGGGUCCGCACAACAAGGAGAAGCCGCCGGAGCCGGUGAAGCCCGACGUGACGUCGUCGGGGGAGAGGAAGGAAUCCAACGACCAGAAACCAAAGUUUGAUGAGUUCAUCAUCUCCGCUCCCAAACCGCAGGAGGCCAUCGUCAGACCCAGCGCUGACGAGCCGCUGGUGCGGCUGCAGCAGAAAGUGUCGGCGUCUCUGAAGACGGCGCUGGAGAAGCUGAAGCUGACGGAUCCUGCAGCCGAGGACAAAGAGGACGACAGCGACGAGGUCAAAGUUGGAACGUGCUGUAAAAACGGAGGCUGUACUAAAACAUUUGAAGGAGCUUCCAGCAACUCGGAGGUUUGCUCGUUCCACGCCGGCUGCCCCAUUUUCCACGAAGGGAUGAAAUACUGGAGCUGCUGCAAGAGGAAAACCUCCGACUUCAACACCUUUCUGUCCCAGGAAGGCUGUACGAAAGGAGAGCACCUGUGGAAGAAGAAGGACGCGGGGAAGGUGCUGGUUCCCUGCCGCUUCGACUGGCACCAGACCGGGACGCAGGUCAUCGUCUCCAUCUACGCCAAAGCCGCCGUCCCGGAGCUCUGCUACGUGGACGCCAACAGCACCACGCUCAACAUCCACAUCAUCUUUGAGGGGGAGAAGGAGUUCAAGCAGAGCUUCAGUUUGUGGGGGGUCAUCGACGCCUCCAGGAGUCUGGUGAACAUGAUGGCGGCGAAGAUCGAAGUGACCAUGAAGAAGUCUGAGCCGAUGUUCUGGUCCCGGCUGGACCUGCCGGCCCCGGCCGCCCCCAAGGAGACGACCAAGGAGGAGGAGGAGGAGUCGAGCAGCGACGACGAGGUCGACUGAUCCAAACGCCUCAAACCGUCGUAGCUUCUGUAGCGUCUGUUCACGUCCAGAGUUUCAACCUCCAUGUUUAUUUUUACUGUUUGAUGAUAAAAGAUGCCCAGGUUUAUUUAAAAAUAUGUUUCACCAGAGGAACC